UUGAACGAGUAUGGUAACGCGGGACGCCCGGCUGUGUUGGACUUGGACUGAAGAUUAUGUCUGAGAACGUAUUUGUUUAGGCAUCGAUGACCUUCCCAAAAUGAUUGUCGUAUUAUCAGAGAAACACAGGGAUUGGCAUUCACAAGUCUCAAAACAUAGACCACGGUGAUGUUUUACAAAUUUCACAAGGACUCGGAUACUAACGGGAAAAGUUGUACACCAGUGCUGAACUGUUGCCUCAAUGCACUCAACGAUCCGCUACAAGGCAUGGAAAGUUUUCAGGCUGUCCCGAUGGGUUCAACUCCCGCUGUGUCUGCUUGUCACUCUACCGCUCAUCCUGCUCCUUGCUGAGUUUCUGUGGCGCCACCGUUCUGGAGAUGGUGGUAGAGGAGCUGGUGUGCCUCUUCCCUGGUUUUUCCAGCAGCAGCAGCAUCAUCAUCAGCAGCAGCACCUUAACAGGACCCAGAGGCCCGCUGAGCCCACAGCAGAAGCCUCCACGCCAGAAGCCUCCACAGCAACCUCAGACAAGUCCACAGCGCCCCCUCCUGGCCUGAGUGGGGAGGAGUGGCAGCGGAUGCUGAGGGCGCUCCACUGGGGCGGCCCAGAGAGCCAGGUGUCCUCUGUGAACCUCAGCACCAGUCCCAGCCACUCCACCUUCACCAUUCAGGGCCUGAAGCACAGCUAUGUGGUGGGAGAGCAGCUGCACGCUACCAUCUUCGCCAGAGACUUCGCUGGCCAGCUGAAACGCUACGGAGGGGACUUCUUCCAGGCGAAGGUUUACAGUGACGAAUUAAAGGCCAGUGUGUUUGGAGAGGUUGUGGACCACCAGAACGGGACCUACUCGGCACACUUCACCCUGCCGUGGGCAGGCCAGGCCUCCGUGGCCAUCCGACUGAUCCACUCCAGCGAAGCCGUGCAGGUCCUGAAGCAACACCGCAGCACGGACUCCAACCGGGUCUACUUCCACGGCUUCUUUGUGGGAAAGGACUCGAGGCACGAGGAGUCUGUGGUGUGUAACGUGAAGUGGGAGGGCGUGGUGCUGCCGGCGACUCGCAAGAAGAACUGCUGCUGCGAGUAUAGCGACGUCCGCACGGGCCUGACCUGGCAGUGCCUCCGCCCCCGAAAGCUGCCCUGUGACGCCCUAAGGUACCACUCCGUAGGCGGCUACGCCAACCGCCUCACACCGCUGGAAAAAGUGCUAAUGAACAGUCAGCACGUGAACCGCUGGCUGAAGGGAGAUUCACGUCUCAUUACCAUCCUCGGCUCCAAUACAACCAAUGAAGUGAAGACUCCAUGCAAAGCUGGGCUGCCCAUUCCGACACCGGCAGGAUACUACCUCAACAAUGUCUGGACGUCGUUCGUGUGUGCCACCCGCCAUUUCUCUGUGGAGGACACAACGGAAUGCCUGAAGAACAAACACAUAUACAUAGUGGGGGACUCAACCAGCAGGCAGUGGUUUGAGUACUUCGUCCAAACUGUGCCUACUCUAACACGCAUGAACCUGCACUCUGUGUACCACGUGGGGCCACUGAUGGCCGUGGACGUGCAGAACAACGUGGAUCUGCACUACCGCUCGCACGGCCUGCCCCUGCGCUGCGCCAAGACGCCCGUGGCGUCACUGCAGUACAUCAGCAACGUGAUCGACGGCCUGGUGGGAGGCGGCCACGACGUGCUGCUCUUCGACAUGUGGGCGCACUUCACCAACUUCCCGCUCUCCUACUACGCCCACCGGGUGGCGCUGGUGCGACGCGCCGUCUUGGCCCUGCUGAAGAGAGCGCCCACGACCAAGGUCAUCAUCAAGACCGCCAACACUGGCUAUAAGGACAUUUAUGGCAGUGACUGGCUGUCCAUGCAGCUGGACCGUAUCCUGCGUGAGGCCUUCCGCAACGUCGGAGUAUACAUUCUGGACGUGUGGCAGAUGACCGCCUGCCACUACAACCAUGAGAGCAUUCACCCGGCCCCUGUGAUCGUAAAGAAUGAAGUGGACAUCCUCCUCUCCUACAUGUGUCCCAAGUAAUCAAAUGAUCGAUUAAUUUAUUAAUUGAUAGUUGAUUGACCUUAUCGAUUGAUUUAUGAUUAAUUGAUAAGGGACCCCCUCGAAAUCACAAUGUUUCCCAAAGAAAUACUAUUGAAUCUAAACAUUUUAAUUAAAUUAACAUUUUAUGUUAAAUUAAUUAUAUUUAUGUUAUUUAAUUCAAAAGUGAUUUAAAUGUUCCCACUAUUCACACCCCUCUUGACACACACUCUCCACAUGCCCAAUUUCACCUGGGUCUCUUUGACUUUGUCGAAUUGGUGAUUAAUUAUGGGGUUUUUUAAUCGAUUGACACAUUCAUCGAUUAAAGUCGAUUAAUCGAUCAAUUGUUGACAUCUCUAGUCCCAAAGAAAAGACACAGGCCUCCUGCCCUUCUCCUCCCCUCACAUUCUAACCCCUACCCCUAUUCAAUCCAUCUGCUAUGCUGGAAGUACUGUUACUUUGCAGUACUCAUUGUCUGCACAGACAGAAAGUGGGGAAGUGAAGCCAUAAAGUGCACAUGGCAUGGAUAACAUUAUCUGGAUGAACAGUAUGAGAAUCUUCACAGGUGUACAUAAUUACAAGUCCGUUGUCUGAGCUAGGCCUUUGAGAGGCAUGUGUUUUUUUAUUAUGAAAUGUUAAGAGCAAAUCAACAUUGCCAUUGUAAAACUCUUCUUGCACUAUGCCUUCACGUGUGUCCUUAUGUGAAGAAUGGAUGUUCUGCUCUUGCACUGUGUGUAUAGGUGACCUUAGAUGAAUGAAUCCACCAAAUGUCAAUGCCCUCGAUUUAAUGUAAUUGUGCUUGCAACACAAAAGGGUCACACUAUCUUUGAAGGGGUCUACAUUACGGAUGUCAAGUAACCAUCAGAAGAAUGGCAUGGCCCAUGUCAGUGACAUUAACAACACACUAUUUAUGUUUACGAUGGCUGUCAUGAUGUGCCAUUCGGCUUUUGGAAUGUCAUGACACCCAUUUUUAGCUUUCAACUUUCAAAAAACAAAAUGGCACAUUAUGACAAUAGUCAUCAAUUAUGUGUCAUGUUCCUGUCGUGUUCUUUCAAAAGGAGGCGCCCCACCUUUUCUCUUGAUGCCUGGUGGGUGCGUAGGUUCCAAAAGGUAAACUAUAGGAGCAAGUAAGGG